AUGGCGGCAAAUGGGAAUGAAAAUAUGGAAUAUAACAGCGCCGAUGAUGCAGUUCCUGGACGAACAGAGAAAUUAUUAUGUCAACCGUGUUCAAGCAAGGAUAAACAAACGGAAGCUGGCGUGUUUUGCUCUAUUUGUGAUGAAUUUCAGUGCAUGGAUUGUUCAAAUAUACACAAAAUGUAUGCUUUCAUGAAAAAUCACAAAUUAGUGAACGCAAAAGGUAUUAAAAAGAAACCAGCCUCGUUUGAUAUGAAGGGAUUAGACAAAUGUGUUCAGCAUCAUAAAGAUUUGGAGUUCUUCUGCGAAGAUGAGAAUCAGCUCUGCUGCAGUACAUGUGCUAUUGUAGAUCACCGGAAAUGUCACAGUGUCGUAGAAAUACAGAAGAUUGCCGGAAGGUCUCUAUCGACACUUUCCGAAUUAAAAAUCAAAUUCCAGGAAAUAGGAAAGAAAGCUGAAACUGUCGUUAAAUAUACUAAGUCAUCAAAGGAACGACUGAAUAAAGAUCUUAAAGAAGUGACUGUAAAAAUCAGACGAAUGCGUGAUAAUGUAAUGACAAUGUUUGACGAUUUGGAAGUUUCCGUUGCUAAGCAUGCUGAAUCAUUUAAGACAGAAACACUCGAUAAGCUGUCAAAGAAGCUAUCAGACAGUGAGAAACAUAUUGCUGAUGCAACAGAAUCUCUGGAAACAAUUGAUAACGUUGGUCAGAGAGGGACACCAUCACAACAGUUUAUACUGGAACAGAGAAUGAAGAGACAAGUCAAUGAACUUAGCAGCAACGUUGACAAGGAAUGCCAAAGGUUAGAGAAUGUGACAUUUUCAUUUGAUUUUGAUGAAACAUUGAAACUGCCCCCAUUUCCGAUUUCUGAUUACAUUCCAGGACAACUAAAAUGCUCUCCAUCGAAAGAUGUGAAACCCAUCGUACCUGUUAAGUUAACGAAGAUUACUUCCAUUGAUCUCAAGCAGACUGGAGAUGAUGCGGAGGAACCGUUAUACACAGGACUGGAUUUCCUACCGGAUGGCAGACUGGUUGCCGUGGAUAAUAACAACAUGAAAUGUUUGAUUUACAAUGAGAAGCUAGAGAAAGUAGGAUCAUAUCAGUUAUCGUAUUAUCCACUGAGUGUUGUUGCAGUAUCUGAUGAGAAAGUUGCAAUAACAAGUGGCAAUCAAUACAAGAUAGACUUUCUAUGUGUCAGUAAAUCAAAUGAUAUAACUUUGAAUAGGACAUGUAAAGUAACGACACAGUAUGAGUCUACAUGUCUGAAAGAUGGGAGAAACUUUGUUGCUGGAACUAUUGAUGAUACAAUGCCAGUUCGUAUUGUAUCUCUGUCAGGAGAAGAGAAAGAUCUCAGUAUCAACUUUCCAAACAAGAAAUAUCCUGUAGACACUUGUGCUUGCACAUAUAUUAGAAACAGUGACAAAGUGGUUUUCACCGAUAGAUACGAACAUACUGUCAACAUAUAUGACAUCAAGAGCAAUACAAGAGUUGUUGUCAAGCACAAUCAAAUCAAGGAACCAUGUGAUGUAGCAGUUGGUCCAUCCGAUUGUAUCCUGGUUUGCAGUACGAGAACACAUUCCAUUGUACACAUCUCUCAAACUGGUCGUGUCCUAUUAUCGUACAAGUUAGAUAUGAAACAUCCACACAGAGUCUGUAUUUCCAAGGACAAAUCAGUUGUAGCUGUAGCAAAUAGCGAGAUUGGUGGAAAAAAGUUGCAGUUGCUGAAAAUUACAUUAUAA